CAAAUGGUCAGUUGGUUUUUUCUGAUCUGAAUUUUUUAACUCUCCCAAAAAAUUUCUUUCUUCUUAUUCCUCCCAAAAAAAUUUCCUUUUGUAGAUGACCCAAUCUUUAGACUUAAAACAUUAAUGAGUGUUUCAAGAUUUGAUUUUUAGUUAAUGAUGUAAAUGGGAAAGAGUUUAUAACUUAGCCUAUUUUGUCUUUCAAUUUCUAACCUCUCUUAGAUUCUUGAUAUUUUGGCCAUUCUUGAUGGGUUGUCCGGUUGAGGAAGUAUAUAAAAAGGAUAAAAAUGAAGGUUUGGUUACUAGAGAAAAAAAGGGUUUGCACAAAAUCAAUACUUUCACUCAAAACACUUCCAUUUUGGUUGGUUUUAGUAGUGAAAGUUUCUGUUCUCAUGUCUUCUUCUUAUAAGUAAGAAAAAAAGGACAAUAACACAAAAUUAAGCUUCUUCAUUCUCAUCCUUUUUGCAGCUUUGUUUCUCAGUUUCUGUGUAAAUAAGCUUAAGAAUUCAAGAACAUAACCUUUAAAAGGUGAACUUUGAUCCAAAAAAAAAGAAACAAAUUUGGAUCAUCAAAUCAAUUAUGAAAAGACUUGGUAGCUCUGAUUCUUUGGGUGCGUUGAUGUCCAUGUGUCCAAGUACUACAGAUGAGCAAAACCAUGUGUACUCAACAAGGGACUUUCAGUCAAUGUUAGAAGGAUUAGAUGAAGAAGGGUGUGUGGAAGAAGGAUUUUCAGGCCAAAAGAAAAGGAGAUUAAGUGUAGAACAAGUGAAAGCCUUAGAGAAGAAUUUUGAAGUUGAGAACAAACUUGAACCUGAGAGGAAAGUUAAAUUAGCUCAAGAACUUGGCUUACAGCCUAGACAAGUUGCUGUUUGGUUCCAAAACAGACGUGCUCGUUGGAAGACUAAGCAACUUGAAAGAGAUUACAAUAUUCUUAAAGCUAAUUUUGAUUCCCUCAAACACAACUAUGAAUCUCUCAAACAUGACAAUGAAGCUCUCAUCAAAGAGAUUCAUGAGCUGAAAUCAAAUGGAGAAAGCAGAGGUGGUGUUGCAGUAGUGAAAGAGGAAGCUAUGGAAUCUGAAAGUGAUGACAACAAAGUGAUUGAACAAAGCAAAAAGCCAAAUGAUGACAUCAACAGCAACAAUAAUAAUCUUCUUGAAGAUGAUGAUGAUGAUGAUGAGGCUGAUAUCAACUUUAAUAGUACUGUUGCAUCCACCAUUUUUGGUGAUUUUAACAAAGAUGGAUCCUCAGAUAGUGACUCAAGUGCAAUCUUGAAUGAAGAUAGUAGUCCAAAUGCUGCAAUUUCUUCAUCUGGUGCUUUCUUGAUUUCAAAUAAUGAUGGUGGAAAUGGAAAUGUAGGAUCUUCUUUAUCCUCAUCUUCAUUGAAGUUUUGCUUCCAAUUCACUGGAUCAAGUUCAAAAUCAAUUCUUGGAGAUGCUCAGAAAGCUGCUAAUUGUUGUUAUUAUCAGCCAACAACACAGUAUAAUGUGAAGAUGGAGGAGCAUAAUUUCUUCAAUGGUGAAGAGUCUUGCAGUGAUCUUUUCUCAGAUGAACAACCUCCCACACUUCAAUGGUACUGCCCUGAGGAUUGGAAUUUUAAAGACUCCUAAAUUCCAUCUUUUUUUCACUACUUCAGAAGAAGAAUAAAGGAAGGAAAUUGCCAAAUUUUGUACAGUGGUUUAAAAAAAAUGGCCUAAUGGGUAAUAUCAGAGAAAAGCUGAGUUGGAUUUUGCCCAAGUUGGGGUUUGGAGGGGGGGGGGGUAGGGAGGGGGUGGUUCAGGUGGGGUGGUAGGGGUGAGGAAGAAGGAAAUGUGUGGGUUGGGGUAAAAGGCUGUGGCUUUUGCAGGGAUGAUUAGGUAGUAAUUGAGGUCUUCACAAAGAUCUGAUCUUUUUUACUGUUGAGAUAAGGUGAAAUAAACUAAGUAAAAAAGGGAGAAGAAGGGUUCAAGAAAAUGAUGAUGAGAAAAAACUUCAUGUAAUGGCAAAUAAAAGUUGCUAAAAGUAUAACCAUGCAUUCUAUAUUUGAAUGGUAUUAUAGCUCUUUCCAUGCAUGAAGGGAAAAUGAAAAUUCAUUAAUGAGUUUUAAGUUUUA